UCCGGAGGAAUUUCCCCCGCUGCUCCCGUCCUUUGUCCGACGGAGUGUUUUCAGUGGGAGACGGAGGGUGAGAGCCAGAGGAGAGGGGGAGUUAGAGAGAAGAGAGAGAGGGCGAUAUAGAGAUGUCGGAACCAGCCACUAAUCCCGCUGCCACCUCGUUCCCAGCACCAAUUGUUUCCCUACCUUUGGGACUGGAAGUAUUCAGAACUUACUCUGGAGCCCUCAUUUGUGUAGAAAUAUUAUUUGGGGGUCUGGUAUGGAUCCUGGUGGCUUCCUCCAACAUGCCCGUGCCUCUGCUGCAGGGCUGGGUGAUGUUUGUGUCCCUCACCACCUUCCUCCUGUCCUCCGCCUACCUCUUGCUCUUCGUCACCGGCCUGGCUGACCGCAUCAACACCGACUGGAAUGUCUUGGAUGUGUUUUACCAUUUUAUGGCUUUGCUUUUCUACUUUGCUGCCUUUGUGUUGGAGGCAGCAACUACAGCAGCUAAUGGAGGAGCCAACAUCAAGCCACUGCCCAACAGCACUGAGACCGUCUUGUGUAUAACCUACCCUCGGGGCAAUAUAUUCACAGUCAUGAAUGAGAAGCAGUACAGUAUUAAUGUUGCAGCCACGGUAUUUGCAUUUGUGGUGACACUAUGCUACGGCUGCAGCAUGGUGAUGGGCUUCAAGAGGUGGAGGAUGUAACCUUGAAAUCCAGCACAAACUAGUUUUAUAACUGCUUCGUAACUUCAGCGUGUAUUAAAACAUCAGCCACACCAUCUAGAUCUCCAUUGAAAGUCCUACUAUUCAGUUCAGUUCAGUGACAACAUUGUUAUUUCCUGAUGGGAAAACUAAUAUCCUCAGAGGAACAAUAUAGAUGAGAAGAUUUCUGAACAAUAAUACUCCUGCAGAGAUUCUACUUCUGUGCUAUUGGAAGGUUUGGGUUCAGGUAGUCACAGUCUGGGCUGUUAAAGGAAUUUUAGGACAGGGUUAAAGAAGAGCAGGUUGUUAUCAUAACCUUGUAUGUACAAGGCUAUACAGGGUGAUUUUGCAAGAUAUGAUCGAUGCUUGUGACAGUUAUGGUUUUGUUUUUUGGUCCAUUUUGUCAAUCAUACAAAUAUUGCCCCAUUUCUUCUUCAUUGGAAGGGAAUACUUCCCAUUUCCAAUAACACAUAAGCACGCUUAUGUAUGCUGCUUGUAGGUUAUGCACAGCAGAACAUUAAAGUGAUGGUGCAAUUUAAGACCAUAAUAUUGCCCCAUUUCCUGAGUCACAUCCUCAUUGGAGGGAAUGUUUCCCUUUUCCUAUCACAAAAAAACAUGCCUAUGUUGCUAAUGGGUUAUGUACAACAGAGUAAUGCUCUGUGAGGUGCAAUUUGUCAGAAAGAGCCUAAAAGGCAACAUGAGUGUUUCCUCUGUCCUCUGGUUACCUUGGUGCUAAGGAGCUGUAAACUCACUCUAGCUGUCACAUGACUGGCUGUUAUUACAUUUGUAUGUGGCCACUGUUUAAUAUGAGAGUUGAUCUGAUAUUUAAAUUUCAAAAUUGUAAUUUCUUUUCGUGAGCUUUUUGUCAAAUUGUUUUAUCCCGCAUACAAUGUUUUUCACAAUAUUGUAAGUAUUGUAUAUUCCCGGUUAACAUCAGUCACAAAAUAAUAUCUGCUACUGUUUAACUGUUCUUUCUGAGUGCUGUCCUAUGUGGCUAACUCCAAUGUGACUUACUGAUACAUAUCAUUUGACCAAGGUAUUAGUUAAAUACAUCUGUCAUUCUAUUGAAUUCCACUUCAAACUAAUCAUUUAAUCUGACCAUCAAUAAAAAAAGCCUUUGUCAACUACUAUAUAUUAAACAGUGACCAUUAUCUAAUGGAUCAUUUAAGUACGUAUAGUAUGUGUAUAGGGUUUGAUCCUUAUUGUAACUGUGAUGAUGCAUUAUAAAAUCCAAAAUCAAUAACUAUCUUGCUCCAUGAUUUAGUAGCUGUAUUUACUGUUUAAUUUUGUUUGCAACAGACUAUUAAAUGUUAUUGAUUUAAAAAUCGUUUGCAAUUAUUGUUUUCUGUUUUUUGACACCUGCUGCCUGUUGGGUUUUGCCAUUUUUAAUGUCUUAAUUUUAGAACUACCGAAAUAAAGGUUUUGAAAAAGAA